AGGCCCCGCCCAGUCCAGAAGGAAGCUAACAGACCUCUAACAGGAUGGCAGUUUGAGGCUGCCGGCGCUAAUUACACGUACAGUUCUCGCCCAAAGGUGACUCAGCUAAUAAAAUGCCAUUAUUUGACGGGUUGGGAAGCGGAGGAGAGAAGACUGCUAUUGUCAUUGAUUUAGGAGCAGCAUACACAAAAUGUGGCUUUGCAGGGGAAACGGGGCCCAGGUUCAUAAUUCCGAGCGAGAUCCGCAAACCGGGACAGCAGCAGGCAGUCAAAGUGGUUCAGUACAACAUCAAUACAGAAGAACUUUAUGUCAUUCUCAAAGAGUUUAUCCACAUACUGUACUUCAGGCACCUGCUGGUGAACCCUCGCGACAGAAGAGUGGUCAUCAUCGAGUCCAUCCUCUGCCCGUCCCACUUCAGAGAGACACUCACGAAGGUCUUCUUCAAACAGUUUGAGGUGCCCUCUGUGCUAUUUGCUCCUAGUCACCUCAUGGCCAUCAUGACUUUGGGCAUCAACUCUGCACUGGUGAUGGACUGUGGAUAUACAGAGACGCUGGUGCUGCCCGUAUAUGAGUGCACUCCUAUUCUGCCUUCUUGGGAAGCUUUGCCUCUGGGAGGGAAAACCAUCCAUAAGGAGUUAGACAGCCUUCUUGUGGAACAGUGCACUGUGGACACAGACACAACCACAGGGCAGAGCGUACAAGCCGUCAUUGGGACUAUCCCAGAAGAAACCGUGGAGGACAUCAAGGUGAGAACAUGCUUUGUCAGUGACCUGCAGAGAGGCCUCAAGAUCCAGGAAGCCAAAUUUAACUUGGAUGGUACAGCAGAGCGUCCUGCCCCGCCUCCAGAUGUCGACUACCCACUGGAUGGAGAGAAAAUCCUGCAUAUCAAAGGAUCCAUCAGGGACUCUGUGAUGGAGCUCCUAUUUGAACAGGACAAUGAGGAGAAGAGUGUGGCCACUCUGAUACUUGAUGCUCUGGUUAAGUGCCCCAUCGACACCCGUAAAGUGCUCUCUGAGAACCUGGUGGUGAUCGGAGGCACCGCCAUGCUGCCCGGCUUCCUUCACCGCCUGUUGACAGAGAUUCGCCUCCUGGUGGAGAAACCCAAGUACAGCAACGUGCUGGCCAGCAAGAGCUUCCGUAUUCAUUCUCCACCUGCAAAGCCGAACUGCACUGCGUGGCUUGGAGGUGCCAUCUUUGGAGCCCUUCAGGACAUCCUAGGCAGCAGGUCAGUGUCACGGGACUACUAUAACCAGACAGGUCGCAUCCCAGACUGGUGCUGCCUGAGCUCCCCUCCUCCAGAGUCCUUAUAUGAAGCAGGAAAGACACCACCUCCACUAAUGAAGAGAGCCUUCUCCACAGAGAAGUAGAGUAUAUUCAUUCCAGCAGUUCAGUUCUCUUUAAUGUAAUAUCACUACAGUUGAAGUUAAUCUGUUAACCACACAAACAGCUCAACAUGUUUUUAAUGUCAAGUAGUCCCCCUUACAUUUACUGUAUGUAUUUUUGACUGUUUGAUCAGAUGAGCUGAUUUCUGUUCUGAAAACAGAGCAGACGUUUGGAUUUUCCAGCACUUGGAGUAGUUUUGCACAGGAAUUCUUGCUGUGUUAAAUCUGAAACGGUGUCUGUGCUCCAUGCAGCCAUAUCUUCUGUUAACGAUGCUAAAUCUCUACGUGCUUCCUCUCACUCAGAUAUUUUUUUCCUGUAUUUUUUUUUCUUUUUUUUCCCUGUUAAAGUGAGUCGCACCAUUUUUCAUAAAUCUUUUUCAAGGACUUUUGCGGUUAAACUUAGUCAUCUAUUAAUCAGCAAACUUACAGAAAAUAUUGCUGAACUGUUGAGGAAAUAUAUUUAUGUUGAUCAUGAUCCAAGGAGUGUCUCCAAAAAUAAAGGAAAGUGUUUUAUGUAUUUAUUGGUUGUACUUAGCUGUAUGAUUCAAUACAUUAAAACUCCUGCACAUGUAAA